CAGCACCAGAUUCGAGUAACACCGUGAGUUAAAUCAAACCUCACUUCAACAAAAGAUACACUUACAGUUUUGACCGUUUUCGACAGUCCCGAUCACCCAUACCCCCCGUUCGCAAUGUCUGAACCACCCUGCAUCACGCUCCUAAACCCACCCAAUGGCCCCUACAUUCGACCAACCUACUCUCACAUCGCCAGCAUCACCUCACCCACACGCCUCAUCUACACAGCCGGUCAAGUCGGUACACUACCCGACGGUAGCACAAUCAUCGGUUUCGAAGCACAAGCCAAGCAGGCGUUCGCCAAUCUCAGAAUCGCCUUAGAGACGGCUGGAGCGUCAGUUCGGGAUAUUGUGAAGCUCACAUACUAUGUUGUGGAUUUGGAAGCGAACAUCGAUGCGUUUAGGAGGGUAUAUGUAGAGUUUUUGACGGAUAAAGAGGGCAUUCAUAGGGCACCGUCUACGUUGUUGGGUGUGGCGAGUUUGGCGAAGAAGGAGUGGUUGGUUGAGGUUGAGGCUGUUGCUGCCGUUAGGGAUGUUAAGAGCAAGUUGUAAAGUCUAUGAUGAGUUUCAAGGGAAGAGGGAAAGAGGGAAGGAGUCAGCUAUUCAUGAGAGACGAUUCUCUUGCACAUCCUGAGGCAUGGUCCGAGAAGAAGAUAUCAGACCAAACAUGAAUUUCUUGACUUCUCACACGUGACGUGCCAAGACUGCAGGUCAACAAUGCUCUGUACCACGACCAUUAGAUCGCAAACAUAUUGACA